GCUGAAGCGAGUGGUCGCUGUGUCGCUGCUGCCUUUGCUUUUUUUCUCUCCAUCUCUCGGUCUCUGAUCCCUUCUCUCCUCUCCUCGACGGAGCUCGGUCUUUUCCUGCGAUCAUCCUGAAGCAAUGGUGUAAUUAACAGGGCUCUGUGGGAGGGAAACUGCUCCGCUUCCUAUAGGAUCCCAUGGCCAAUUGCUGACACUCACUCAGUGCUGGAAAUACAUUGAAGGGAACACACGCUCUGCCACCAGGCAACUGGGGAUUCCUCUGAGAGUGAGGUGGGAUUUUUGAUUUUCUUUCCUGGACUUUGCAGAGUGGAUUUUUUCAUUUCCACUUGGACACUUUUUUUUUUUUUUUUUACAAAGCAAAGCACUCAGAGGGGGCUUUGGUGUUUUCUACAUGAAAUAAAGAUCCGAAGCUGUCUGGUAGCAGGAAACAGGUGGGAUCAGUGGUUUUUAAAACCCUCCACUGCAUGUCGGGGAGCUCAGCUCUCCCCCCCUGCUGAGACUCAGCACCCGGACCCCCACAGAUCAGGUGCAAAGUGCAUGUGGUAUUCUUCAAUCUGGUGACACCCUCAUAGAAGUACCUGGGUCAUAUGAGAGUCAAAGAGGAGUCCUUCUGACUGGUAGCAGGAUUUCCACCUCAGUGUGACGGGGAGGGGAGCGCGCGGUCAUCAGGCAGCUGGGGAGAAGAUGCCAGCCAUCCUGGUGGCCUCAAAGAUGAAGUCAGGACUCCCCAAACCCAAACCGGUGCACAGCGCCCUGCCCAUCCCCCAGACCCCCAGCAGGCCGUCUGCUCUAGCUCUGCCCCCGGCGCCCGUCAAGACCCACAUCCCUUCACUGGGCCAGCAGGUGGGCUCAGGACCCCCGAAGAUCAACGCUUCAGGGUCAGAGGCUGGAGAGAACACCCAGAUCUACACGGACUGGGCCAACCAUUACCUUGCCAAGUCAGGACACAAGCGUCUGAUCAAGGACCUGCAAACAGACGUCACAGACGGAGUGCUGCUGGCUGAGAUCAUUCAGGUCGUAGCCAAUGAGAAGAUUGAUGAUAUCAAUGGCUGUCCCAAGAGCCGUUCUCAGAUGAUUGAGAACAUUGAUGCCUGCCUCAGUUUCCUGGCAGCCAAAGGAGUCAACAUCCAGGGUCUGUCUGCAGAAGAGAUUCGGAAUGGUAAUCUGAAAGCCAUCCUCGGCCUCUUCUUCAGCUUGUCCCGCUACAAACAGCAGCAGCAGCAGGCCCAGCGGCAGAACUCCCAGCCCUCUCUCCCACCCACCGCCCAGUCCCAGAGCGCACACCCUCCCCUGAGCCAGCAGAGCAGCGCCCCGGCCCAGCUUAGCCACUCUCCGCAUGGGACUCCUGCCCUUACAGCCCAGAAAGCAGCGCAGGCCGAGAUGCAGUCCAGGGAUGGGUCUCAGAGUAAACUACUCAAGUUUUCCCUUGGUCAGAAAAAGACCUCUAGACUUCCCGGCCCCACAGCGAGGGUGUCCACCGCCGGCGGUGACAUCCCUCCAAGAGGCUCGGUCAGUGCUGCUGGGAACAGACGCAGCCAGGGCUUCAGUGACAAGACCAAAGCCAACUCGCACCCAAACAAAGAUUCCUCAGAGGGCACGACCUCACAGCCGUCGGUGAUGACUGAGCAUGCUCCGUCAUCUGCGGUGACCGUCAGCUCCUCCACCAGCAUCCCUGCUGCUACCUCCGCCCUGCUUCCUCCCUCAUCUUCUUCGUCAUCCUCGUCCUCCUCUUCCACAGCCAUCCCCCAGCCAAACAGCAACGGCAAGCCGUGGAGGAGCAAGUCCAUGAGCUCCAAGCACACUUCCUCUCCCUCUCCCUCCUCCACCAGCACCUCCUCAUCUGCCAUGCAGUCCGUCAAGCAGGAGAAAGACGCCUCCUGUAAAGCAGCUCCAGCAACUGAAGCUCCUUCUAAGGCCGUCACUCAGAAGUCAAUGUUGGAGAAGCUUAAGCUCUUCAACAGCAAAGGAGGCUCAAAAUCGUCCGCCUCCUCCUCGUCCAAUGGAGUAGGGGCCCAGACUGACAACGCUGCCCCAGCCAGACACCUCGGAGCGGGACAGGUGGAGAAAGCCGAGACCGGCUCCAACACCGACUUCCCCGAGGAAGAUGAUGGUAACGUCCGCCCGGGAAUGAACGGGACCAGCAAUGGUACGCCCUCUGGAGCAGCACCCUCAACAGGUACUACUGUCUCCACCACUGCCAGCAGCCCCAAAAUCGCCCUGAGGGGCAUUGCCCAGCGCACUUUUAGCAGAGCUUUGACUGCCAAGAAGAGCUCAGUCAAGGGCCCCGAGAAAGACAAGGACAAGGAAAGGGGGAAGGAGAAGGAGAAAGAAAAGGACAAAGGGAAGGAAGUGGGGAAACGCACCUCGGUCCCCGACAGAACAGAGCUCAGGGGGGAGGAGCCUAAGGAGGAAGUAUCACCUGUUGCUGUAGACACAGACAGCUCGAACAAAAGGACCUCUAAAAUCGCCAGCUUCAUUCCCAAGGGGGGUAAAAUGGCCAAAAAAGAGAGUUCCACCCCUGCACACAGCGGAAUACCAAAGCCAGGAGGCAAAGCCCCGGGAGUCGGGGGGAAGGCCUCCUCAGUGAAGGAGGCGGGGGAGAGGCCUCGGAGCAUGCGGUUAGGAGGGGGUCUGUCCAUGCACCGCGGCGCCAUGGACAGAGACAGGGACAGCAGACACUCCAGCUCUACCUCCAGCCUGGCCUCCACAGAGGGAAAGAGCAGCACCGCCCCUGUGGCAGGAGGAGGCACUACACAGAGCACAGCCAGCAACACGGUCAGCGUGCAGCUACCUCAGACGCAACAGCACCAUAGCCACCCCAACAUGGCCACCGUCGCACCUUUCAUGUACAGAUCCCAAACAGACGGCGAGGGAACAGCAAACACUGAGACCGGCUCAGGGGGAAGAGGUGGAGACGGUUCCUUCACCAAGACCAGCGAGCCCUCCAUCGAGGACCUUUCAGGUGAAGACCCAGAGACGAGGAGGUUGCGAACUGUCAAAAACAUAGCAGACCUGCGGCAAAACCUGGAGGAGACCAUGUCCAGCCUGCGAGGAACUCAGGUCACACACAGCACCUUGGAAACCACCUUCGAUGGUAGCGUCACCACAGACAUCAGCAGUGGCGGCGGCUGCAGUGGCAGCAGCAGCGGCGGCGGCACCAACAACAGCAGCGGGAGUCGGAGCAUCCUCAGCCUCACUUCUACCCGUCCCUCCCUGUCGUCAUGGCGACUGGGCCAGUCUAGCCCUCGUCUGCAGGCGGGCGACGCCCCCUCUUUGGGGAACGGCUACAGUGGCCGGGUGGCCGGCGGCCAGGGAGGACGCUACCUGUACCCCGGGCACCUCCGGCGGCAGCUGGCUGGCAGGGGAGGAGCCCUCUGCAGCGUGGACCUCGGAGACAGAGCCGGGGAGGACAUCGACCUGGACGGCAUCGCCAUGGAGGUCACCGGAUACAUGAGCGACGGAGACGUGCUGAGCAAGAACGCGUCGCGCACUGACGAUGUCACCAGCGGCUAUAUGACCGACGGAGGUUUGGGUCUGUACACGCGGCGCCUGAACCGCCUGCCCGACAGCAUGACCGCCGUCCGAGAGACUCUGCAUCGAAACACGUCGUCAGGACAGGGAGAUGCUGACAGCUGGGAUGACAGCAGCUCUGUGAGCAGCGGCAUCAGCGACAACAUCGACACCGAUGACAUCAACACCAGCUCCUCCAUCUCCUCCUACGCCAACACGCCCGCGGCACAGCGUAAGGGCCUCAACACACAGCCUGUGACGGAUGCAGAGAAGCACUCGGCCUCCACAGCGUUGCACCAGGCCUGGUCAGGAGACGAGGUGAAGAGGCCAGACGGCGGGUCAGACAGCGGGGUCAGGAUGGAGCCAGGCUCCAAGUGGAGCCGCCGGAACCCCUCCGACAUCUCUGACGAGUCUGACAAGGGCGGCUCGGGGAGAAAGACCCCCUCCGUGUCGCACACGGGCUCCUGGAGGAGAGGCAUGAGCGCUCAGGUUGGGGUGACGUCCCCCCGGACUAAAAGCACGAGCAGCACAGGCUCCACGGGCUCCAUCACUCUCAAGACCCACAGUUCAGGCAAGACGGAUGAUGUCAAGGUGUCAGAGAAAGGACGUGUCUCUCCUCGUGCUAACGGCCUUCACCGCUCGCCCUCAGACGCAGGACGCAGCAGCGGCGAUGAGGCGAAGAAACAUUCGAUCUCCAGCAGCCGCACGCCGACAACGAACGCCCUCACACACACCGUCUCGGACCCCCACUCCCAGACGCACACACUCACCUCCCGCACCCCAACCAGCACCUUCGGCUUUAAGAAGCAGGGCCCUGGGAUGGUAACUAUGGUUACGGCUAGUGGUGCCACCAUCACCAGCGGUUCAGCCACCCUGGGGAAGAUGCCCAAAUCUGGUGCGCGCUCACUGGCAGGAAGCCUUAAAGCUGGUGGGCAGGACGGAGGGUCUGCACUGGGUCACCAUGACGAUGGUUUCCUCCCCAUGAGUGCCCGCUCCACGCUGCAGUACCGCAGCCUGCCCAGACCCAGCCGCUCAGGAGCUGCCGCCCGCAACGGAAACCGCUCCUCCACCAGCAGCAUCGAGGCCGCCGUGCUCUCUGUCACGUCUCACGGCAAAAACUCGAUCAGCAUCGCCAAGGCCAACGGCUCAGGAGGGCUGCUGGCCAAUCAGACGGAUCGGGAGAAGGGCGUCUCUGAGAUGGACAACCUGAGGAGCGGGGUCACGAUGCAGAGUGGAGGAGCAGCGACUGUUCCUCUGACAGGAAGACAACAGGUUUCUUCACCUACACUACGCAGGUUGUUUGGUGGGAAGCCCGGUAAACAGGCUCCGGUCACCACGGCUGAAAACAUGAAGAACUCCACCGUUAUCUCCAACCCCCACGCCACCAUGAACCAUGUGGCCACGGUGCUGGAGUCCCCUGAUGCUGGGCUGGGAGGCGGGGACAGCGAGACCAGCAGCCCCCUGUUUGGAGGCAGAGCGCUGGGGUCGGGGAUGGGGACGCUGGGCAGCGAGCAGGCCUCCAGUCCCGGCUCGGUCUAUUCCUCCACCGGCCCCUCCAACAGCCUCACUUGGGGCACCACCUUCAGCAGCUCCUCCGCCCAGAGCAGGGAGAGCACGCUGGGCGGGCACGGCGGGACGGGCAGCGUGGGCUACCCCUCCGUCAGCAGCAUGCACACCAGCAGCGAGUCCAUCGACAUGAGCCUGGGCAGCGGCGGCCAUGGCACCCACAGGGAGGACACCCUGUCCGCACUGGGUCGCACCGGCAGCGUCAAGACUGGCAUGUCUGAGAGUCCCCUCUCCUCCCCCUCCGCUAGCCCUAUAUUCAGCCGAAACACACUACCUCGGAAGCAGGACAGCGGGACACAUUGUGGUAGAAACACUCUGCCUAAGAAGGGACUCAGGUAUGGCCCAUCUCCACAGCUGCGAAGCCACGAGGAGGCCCGUGAUUGGCUGCGCUCCCACUCCACCAGCGGGCUGCAGGAGUCAGCCAGUAACUCCCCGUUCUCCCCGGGCUCCAGCCUCACCUCCCCCUCCGGCACCCGCUUCAACUUCGGACAGCUCGCAUCCAGCCCAACCUCUGCAGCUCAGAUCAACAUCGCCGGUCUGCGCAACAACAGCCUGACCAAUCAGGACGCCCCCUUUGACCCCUGCAGCGACAAUCGACUGAGAAACUCCUGCAUGUCGCUCGACGAGAAGACUCGCACCAUGAGCCGGUCGGGCUCCUUCAGGGACGGCUUCGAGGAAGUUCAUGGAUCAUCCCUGUCUCUGGUCUCCAGCACCUCCUCCAUUUACUCCACGAAUGAGGAGAAGUCGCAGUCGGAGAUCCGCAAGCUGCGCCGGGAGCUGGAUGCCUCCCAGGAGAAGGUUUCCGCCCUGACGACACAGCUGAGCGCCAACGCUCACCUGGUGGCAGCAUUUGAACAGAGUCUGGGCAACAUGACCAUUCGACUGAAGAGUCUCACCUUGACAGCAGAGCAGAAGGACUCUGAGCUGAAUGAGCUGAGGAAGACCAUCGAGCUGCUGAAGAAGCAGAACGCCGUCGCUCAGGCCGCCAUCAACGGAGUCAUCAACACACCUGAACUUGCGCCUAAAGGGGACAGGACAGCAGGCAGUAACAGCAGUCCACAGCAGCAGCAGCAGAAUCAGCAGCCGGACCUGCGCAUCAGGAGGCAGCACUCCUCCGACAGCGUCAGCAGCGUCGCCAGCGCCACCAGCCAUUCCAGUGUGGGCUCCAACCUCGACACUGACGCCAAGAACAAGAAGAAAAACAAGAAGAACUGGCUGCGAAGCUCCUUCAAACAAGCGUUCAGCAAGAAGAAAUCUCCAAAGUCGGCGUCUUCUCACUCCGACAUUGAGGAGAUGACGGACUCGUCUCUGCCGUCCUCCCCCAAACUGCCCCACAACGGCACCUCAUCCACCAGCCACAUGCUCAGGAACACACACUCCAACACGCUAUUGUCAGAGUGUUUGGACAGCGAGGCGGAGACGGUGAUGCAGCUGCGGAGUGAGCUCAGGGAGAAGGAGAUGAAGCUGACAGACAUCCGCCUGGAAGCUCUCAGCUCCGCCCAUCAGCUGGACCAGCUCCGGGAGGCCAUGAACCGCAUGCAGGUGGAGAUCGAGAAACUGAAGGCGGAGAACGACCGUCUGAAGUUGGAGAACCAGGGCAGCAGAACAGGGUCCCAGGCCUCCAUCUCAUCUUCUCCUCCCCCUCACACAAACAGCCAGGCGCCGGGACCUGGGCUGUCCCAGCAGAGCCUCAACCUCACCACCAGUGAGUCCACCAGCCUGGACAUGCUGCUGGAUGACACUGGCGGAGAGGGAGGGAUGAGGAAGGAGGGGAGACACGUCAAGAUCGUCGUCAGCCUGGACGAGGACAGGAAGUGGGGAGAGGAGGGCCGGCCACGCCACUUUCUGAUUGGCUGCAUCGGUGUGAGUGGUAAAACCAAGUGGGAUGUUCUGGACGGAGUGGUCCGACGCCUUUUCAAGGAGUACAUUACCCACGUGGACCCUGUGAGCCAGCUGGGCCUGAGCUCAGACAGUGUGGAGGGAUACAACAUCGGAGAAAUCCACCGGCACAGCAGCCUCAGCGCCGCCCACACACCCGAGCUGCUGCCCUGCGGCUACCUGGUGGGAGACAGCAACACCAUUAGCAUCCAGCUCAAAGGUGUGAGCACUGAGAACGUGGACUCGCUGGUGUUCGACACGCUGAUCCCGAAGCCGAUGCUGCAGCGCUACGUCUCCCUGCUGAAGGAGCACAGACGAGUCAUCCUGUCGGGCCCCAGCGGCACGGGGAAGACAUACCUGGCCAAUCAGCUGUCUCGACACCUGCUGCUGCUGGAGGGCCGACCUCUGACCCCGCACGCUGUUGUCACAUUUAACGUGGACCACAAGUCCAGCAAGGAAUUGCGUCAGUACCUGUCAGGUUUGGCCGAGCAGUGCAGCGGUGUGCCGGGGGUGGAGAGCCCUCUAGUGGUCAUUCUGGACAACCUGCACCAUGUCAGCUCCCUGGGAGAGAUCUUCAACGGCCUCUUCAACUGCAACUACCAGCACUGCCCCUACAUUAUUGGCACCAUGAGCCAAGCCACGUCGUCUGCCCCCAACCUGCAGCUUCACCACAACUUCAGGUGGGUGCUGUGUGCCAACCACAUGGAGCCAGUGAAAGGCUUCCUUGGUCGCUACCUGAGGAGGAAGCUGAUCGAGACGGAGAUCGGCAGCCGAACGCGCAACAUGGAGCUGGUGAAGAUCAUUGACUGGAUCCCGCGGGUUUGGCACCACCUCAACCGCUUCCUGGAGACACACAGCUCCUCUGACGUCACCAUCGGACCUCGUCUCUUCCUGUCGUGUCCCAUGGAUGUGGAGGGAUCCAGGGUUUGGUUCACUGACCUCUGGAACUACUCCAUCAUCCCCUACAUGCUGGAGGCCGUACGGGAGGGACUGCAGUUGUAUGGCCGCAGGGCUGCAUGGGAGGACCCGGCUGCUUGGGUGAUUGACACCUACCCGUGGUCAGCCACGCCCGCUCCAGCUGAUUGGCCCCCGCUGCUGCAGCUCCGCCCAGAGGAUGUGGGGUUCGAUGGCUACUCUGCCCCGAGAGAAGGAGUCAGGAAAGAGCCCCCACAGAGUGACAGCGACGCAGACCCACUGAUGAACAUGCUGAUGCGUCUGAAGGAGGCGGCGACGUCGUCGAGCCCGCAGAGCUACGACAGCGACUCCAACAGCAACAGCCACCAGGACGACAUCCUGGACUCGUCGCUGGAGUCGACCCUGUGAUGCCAUCAAAACGCAACACUGGGAUCAGUUUUCAGGAGAAACUUUUUAUAACAAAUGUUCUCGCUCUGAGGACGUCUUGUUCAGAGCAUAAUUUCAUGCCACAAAAUCCAGCCACCUUAAUUUGGGUGCAGGUAACCCAAAUAUUUAAAAAGAAAAAUAAAGUUAAAAUUGCAUUUCAGAAAACGGGCAACAAAAGUUUCUACUGCACUGCGCUGUUUUGUUUUGUGUUUUUCUUUUUGUUUUGUUUUUUUCACCGCUGUGGCCCGUGGCUCCUGUCAGGAGCCUGACAUCUACUUCAGACAGACAGAAUAAAAGCACACAGCCUGUCACUGUUAGUGAGGCAUCAUCACUACCAUCGUCAUCCAGCCAUCAGCGUACGUAAACACCAGCCAGGAAUCCUCUAUCCUUCACUGAGCCGCAGCUCCAGCUCAUCGGGCUGAGAUACUCCUGGUCCUGCCUCGCUGCAGUGCGCCUGCGCUGCCUGCAGAUGGCGGUACACACCCUUGUCUCUGGAGCAUCAGUGAGCCUGAGCUACAAGCUGCUGAGAGCAGAGAUGAGGCUGCAGUGAGUUGGACGGAUGAACAGCCAGCCACUUCCUGCUUCUGCUUCUCCUCCUCCUCUGCUGCUGAAGUUGCAUGUGUGAUUGCUGGAGGAGAAACUAAGUUUAAGAGCCAAGAGCCAAAGUGAGUGUUAAGUCCUGCAGAGUGCCUGCACUCACUUCCCAAAACUCCUCAGAAAGAUCAUUCAUUAAAAAAAAAAAAAUAGUAAUAAAGAAGAUGAGUGUCCACAAAAAAUAAUUAAGAGAGUACUGUUAAAAAUAUUUCCUACCAGAUACAUGUUUUGAGUUAAAUUCAGAGCCCUUAGUGGACAAAAAAACGAUGAGAACUGGUGUGUUUACAAAAAGGAAUUCAUGAUAUAAACAUGGUAACAAACACUGGUGGCAACAUUGCUUCACCAGAACAAUGUCAAACUCUGUGGAAAAACAUUUCCAAACUAAAGAAACAAGCAAGACAAGGUCAGUUUAACCAAAAAACCUCACCACAAUCCUGCUGAUACUGUUUCUCCUGGAGUUGACACAUCACACGGCAUCAAGGUCCUCAGUGGUUACAUCCUGCCUUGUGGCUGAGAAACCAUUGUUCCACCAAAAGUAGUUCCUCUGAAAUGGAGCACAAUAACAUAGUGAGUGUGUGCAUUUUCUCAGCCAAAGGCACAACUGUAAACACAGACGCCAGUCAAACCUACUGGAAAUAAAAAGCUUAUCUUAUCCAGUAAAAAAUCUGCAGCUAAUUUUACAGAGCAAAGUAAAAUGUCUCUGAAGACCUGGUUCUCAGAAAUAACAAAGACUAUCAGGAGGAAAUGGUGCUGACUGAGAAAUUAACAUUCACCACGGCUCGAUAUAUCCUUUUAACAGUGUUUGAGAUAAUGUCCUUUUCUAUCUGUGUUGUAUCUUUCCGUGUAGUUUCACAAAUAACGCCUCGACCACUUCUAAGUUCUCGCUUUAACCCCUCACAAUCCUUUGAGAUCUCCAUGCACGUUGGCCCAAGCAGGCUGUUGUAGCACAACUCUCUUUUGGUGCUGGACUGAAUUAUAACAAACAAUGCCUUACUCUUUUUCGAACAGACUAUGUGCAUUAGCUGAUUCUUUAUUUGUCUAAAUGGCUGUAAACUUAACAGGGCUCCGAGUCAAGCGGCGGUUGACCUCGCAUCAUAUCAAACACCAAUGCUGUGGGAUUGAAGAGACGUGAAUGAGAAGCAGUACUUUGGGUUUUUAAAUUAAAUUGUAUGCAUGUAUGAACCCAGUGCUGAGACGCUGGUGUAAAUAUUUGGACCUCUAGCAGGAAAGAAAAACAUAUAGAUGUGUUUUUCGGUGCUCGAAAUCAGAAGCGUUUGCAGGUUGAUCGGAUGAAGGAAGUUUAAGAAGAUGCGCUUAUUUUAUACCUCAUCUCCAUCCUUCAACUAUGCUUUCGCCACGCUCCUUGUCUGUUCUGAUUAUGUGAUUUGUGAUGAUCAAAACUGUCAUAACAAACAUGUUGAACUAAUUAAGUAAGAACUAGUGUAUAUGCUGCUUUGUUUAUAAUGAUAUAAUUAAUCGGAGGUUUAAAGGUAUAAAGGUACUUGUGGUUGGAUGAUAAUGUAAAAGUUUUAACAUCAUUUCUAUGGCUUAAAAAAAAAUAAAGUUAUUGUACUUUUUGUUGUUGUUGGAAACCUCCCAGCCUGCCUUCUGGGAAAGGGCGGGCAGACGUUAAAGCUGGGGUCAUGUCGUUCAGCGCGGCUUCCAUCACUUUCAGUGUUUUUGUCACCGAUGCUAUGCAACAUUCAUUCUGAUCUCCAAAUGGAAGCCAAAAGCUCGACGUGCAUUUGUGUGUCCCCGUCCCCCCCCGGCGCAGACUUCAGCACUGCCGAGACCUAAAGCAUGGAACCAGAUUUGUGAAGACUUCUUCGGAUUUGUGGCAAACGUUCUUUGUCCAUAUGUGUGUCUGUGUAAUUCAUAGAGGCUCUCCUGCUACAGUCCUUGUGAGCACAAAGAGGCUGACUGUGUUUGUCUUGUGAAAAGCUCUGAGAGGUGUGGAUGUUGUUGAAGCAUUUGACCGGUCUGUGUGUUUAUUACUCACAAACUCAAUGAAUGUUUAGCCUUCUUUGCUAUGUACAUUUUUUAUAUGUAACAUAACUCUGUAAAUAAUUGGUUAUCUUGCAGCAUUUUGAUGAAUUUUUCUAGCUGAUUUGUUACAGUACUUGAAGAGGAGUAUUUUGUGUACAGUCUCUUUACAUCAGAGCAGAUUGAUGCCGUUUGUCAUCACUGGUCUGUCCAGGGCUCGAGAAUUAAAUCUGAUAUCACUGUACUAGUCUUAAGUUAUUGUGAUCCAAUAAAAUUAAUGAUUAUUUAUGAUUUAA